AUGCAAAAAAUGAGCGUUCCAAGUUAUGCGGAACUCGGAAAAGAUGCACGUGAUCUUUUUAACAAGGGAUAUAAUUUUGGGUUCCUAAAAGUAGACACUACAUCGAGGUCUUCUGGCGAUACAAAUGUCGAAUUUAGAACAUCUGCGGCACAUACGAUUGCUUCGGGAAAAAUUUUUGGAAAUUUAGACAUAAAAUAUAAAAUUCCGAAUUAUGGCAUGACUUUAACAGAAAAAUGGAAUACGGAUAAUAUGUUGGGCACAAUUAUUGAAGUGAGGGAUCAAUUUGCUAAAGGAUUAACAGUGAUUUUGGACACAUGUUAUGCACCUCAUGCUGUUAAACAUUCUGGAAAAAUUAAGAUGGAAUGGGCUAACCGAAAUGCUAAGUUAAAUGCGGAUAUGAGCGUUGACGGUGGGCCAUUGUUCAAUUUAUCUGCAGUUGUUAAUCGAGAGGGAUGGCUUCUCGGUGCGCACGCAGUAUUUGAUGUUGCUCGAAAUAAAUUUUUGGGUACUAAUCUUGCUUUUGGUCGUCAAGGGAUCGAUUACACAUUACAUUCUUAUGUAAAUAAUAGUCGCGAAUUCGGUGGUUCUCUCAUUCAUCGUGCCGCUCAUAACGUUUACUUGGGUGCACAACUCGGUUGGAAUCUUGGUGAACCAAAUACUCGUUUUGGUUUAGCUGUUUUUUAUCGGCCAUCGAAAGAUCUUGAAUUGAGAGCUAAAGUUAGCAAUGAAUCACAAAUUGCUCUCGCCGCUACACAUUAUCUUUCUAAUCAACUCAAGUUGACUUUUUCGACUCAGUUUGGGCUGAGUGAACCGUACAGCGGUGGUCACAAACUCGGAAUGGGUCUUGAAUUUAGUCCAUGA